AUGAUGGUAUGGCUAGCUGCUGUGGCGGUGCUCGCAACAGGAGCCGGCGCCGGUGACAGCUCAGGUUCGGAUCACUCUGUCCAUGAACUGCAGAAAGAGAUUCACCAGCAGAUGCAGCGUAUCAUGGUCGCGGACUUCGUGAUUGAAAAUGCAAUCCGAAACCAUUCAGCCCAGGCACAGCUGCUAAACAAGAGCCAGCAAACGUCAGAAGACUGCAAGCUCAGAUAUGCCGCAGCCAAGCGCUCCAUAGCUGAAUCGCAGGAGCAGGCCAAAGACCUGCAAAUACAGCUGAAUGAUACCAAAACCCAGAUGGCGGAGUCACAGGAGCGGCAGACGAAGCUGGAGCGCCGAAUGCGCAAGGCACAGGCCUUGGAGGAACGGGCCGAGGAGGAGGCCAGCGCUCUCAAAAGCAAAGCCGACGAAGUGCUGCCGGAACGCCAGGCCUGGGUGCAGAGCGGCAUCGGCCUCUUCCUCAACUGGCUCAAAGGCCUUCCUUGCCAAAACCUCGUGGCAACCCUCGCGGCAGUCUUGGGUGCCGUGAGCUGCUUGGAUAGUGAGCUUUUCAUCCUGGCGGCCAGCCUAGUGCUCGUGGCUCUGGGGGUUGGCAUGACGGCCGGA